CUGAUUGGCUCGUUCUCGAGCAAUCGAAUCGCGCUUUGCUGCUGGGUGACUGUACGGAGGAACUGAAGGAGCGAAAGUGCAGUCUCACCCCCUGACUUCACUGUAUACAAGCAGCGAUGAGUUCUAUCGGUACCGGGUAUGACUUGUCGGCCUCGACAUUCUCUCCAGACGGCAGAGUAUUUCAAGUAGAAUACGCAGCCAAAGCAGUGGAGAACAGCAGCACAGCCAUCGGCAUUCGGUGUAAGGAUGGAGUCGUGUUUGGGGUAGAGAAACUAGUGCUGUCCAAACUCUAUGAAGAAGGAUCCAACAAACGGAUUUUCAAUGUGGAUCGUCACGUUGGUAUGGCUGUAGCUGGUCUCCUGGCAGAUGCGCGCUCCUUAGCAGACAUAGCCAGAGAAGAAGCCUCCAACUUUAGAUCUAACUAUGGCUAUGACAUUCCACUAAAGCAUCUCUCAGACAGAGUGGCCAUGUAUGUGCAUGCGUAUACCCUGUACAGUGCUGUCAGACCGUUCGGCUGCAGUUUCAUCCUGGGGUCCUAUAAUGAAGAUGAUGGCUCUCAGUUGUAUAUGGUCGACCCAUCUGGCAUAUCAUAUGGAUAUUGGGGCUGUGCUAUUGGUAAAGCCAAACAGGCCGCUAAAACAGAAAUUGAAAAGCUCCAGAUGAAGGAGAUGACCUGUCGGGAGGCGGUCAAAGAAGUGGCAAAAAUAAUCUAUAUUGUCCACGAUGAAGUGAAGGAUAAAUCCUUUGAGCUGGAGUUGAGCUGGGUGGGAGAAGUAACAAAAGGAAAACAUGAAAUCGUUCCUAAAGAUAUCCGAGAAGAAGCAGAAAAAUAUGCAAAGGAAUCUUUAGAAGAGGAAGACGAUUCAGAUGAUGACAACAUGUAGUUCUUUUUUUCUCCACGAUGGCUCCGACUCUGCAUACUGUUUUGUUUUUUUAAUAUAAAUACCGGAUCCUGGACAGACAUUGUAUGAUAAGCUGACAGUAAGACCCCAUUUACAUUUCUUGCCUUGUCUGAAACUUCCAGUAAAUGGUAUUACCGAGGAUUUCAUUGGCAGUUUGUAUAUAAUUACAUUUUGAUAGCGCUAUGUCGGUAAUAUGUAAGGGACGUGCUUGGGGGCACAGCUGAGAAGUGGCUGAGGUUAAACAAAGAGGGCAUCCAUGAUCCACCCCAAAACUACAGUCAGCAUUAACAAACUAAACAAAAAAUAAACCGCAGUAAGAGAUUGCAAAGUCAAAUAAA